AUGAUGAAAGAUUAAGAUGUAUUAGAAUUUCAUGAUUACAAAUAAUCAGUUCUACUUAAGAUGAUACGAAUCUAUUAAGAAAUAUAUAGUGAUUGUGAUGGAGAUAGGAUUAUUGUUGAAGCCUACAAUACAAAAAUCACUAAACAAGAUUUAGACAAUUUCAUAGUUGAUCCCAAUUAUGAGUUAAGUAUUGAACUAAUUAUUCUUUAUCUAAAUUACAUAAUUAAAUAUAAUUAGAUAACAUAGAAGAUAGCUCCUUACUUUUUGAUUAUAACAAGUGAGGACUAUAAUGUAAAUUUUAAUUCAAAUAAUUCAAGCCAUCUUUUGGAAAUGUCAUAUUAUAUGAUGGUUAAAUGAUCAAUUAAGUACCUUUAUCUAAAUUUAAGUAUGAUGGUAAUAAAUAAAAUGCUCCAAUUGUAAUUUUAAUGAGAUGUAAAAAUAAAUGGAAUAUGAUAAUUUUGGAAUUAUAACCUUGGAUUAUUGAUUUUAGAUGUGAUAAAAAUACUAGUUUUAAUACUAUCUCCGCAUUUGCAUCUUAAUUCAUUUUAGAUACAUUUGGUAUUUAGAUUAAGAAUUUUAAUGAUUUUAUGUUAGAUUAUGAAUAGCCAGGAGACUAAGGUGAUUUGAUUGUAUAUGCAAUUUAUAAAGUAUUUGUAAUGAAUUUGGAUCUAAUGGGAGAUACUAUUUUAACUAAGAAUGAUUACACUACAGCAAAACGUAAAUUAUUAUGGUUGGCAUUAUCUCAUAUGAAAGAAAGGAGAAAAGAAGAUGAUGAUGCUGAAUUUACAAGAAGAUUAAUAAAGAAAUAGAGAGAAGAAAUGUAAAAGUAAUUAGAAGAGGAAGAAGAGAGAAAGAAACAAAUAAAAAAUUAAUUAUCUGAAAAAAGAAUGUAAGUUUAUGGAUUCUUACAUACAGUAGAAUAACCUAAAGAAAUAAAGAAGGUUGAAGAAACACCUGAAUAAAUUAUGUUAAAAAGAUAAUUGGCUUAAUUUAAUGUGACUAAACCAAGAAAUAAAGUUGAAGCAUUUCUUACAAAAAUGAGAGUGAAAGAACCAUUCGAAUUUUAAUAUCCUGAACCUCAAAAAUAUGAGGCUCCUAAAAAGGAUCCUAAGGGCAAAGUAAAGAAUUUUGUUUAUGAAGUUCAAUGGCCUAAAGUAACUCCUGGGGUUCAAUAAAUGAUAACUCCUGCUUCAUUCUGUAUUGCAUAAAUCUUUUCAGAUAAUACUUUGUAAUUUGAAUAACCAAAAUUAGAGAAAGUUUAUGAUUAUGAGAUUUUAGAAUAAUUACAAAAAUAAUAACAAAAAUAAUAACAGUAAGUGUAAGGUGUCUAAAGAAAUGUCUCUUAUUUUGGAUAAAUUGGAUCAAGAGUAUUUGAUAAUACUGAUUAUACAAAUGGAGUAAUAGUUCCUGUUGGAAGAAAGAUUGUUAAGGAAGAAGAAAAAGUAGAAAGUAAAACAAAGAGAUUAAAUAAAAUGUAAAUGAUGGAUAGAUGUAUUGAGUAAUUAGAAAAUGAGUUAUUUUUAAAUUCUUGA